AUGGCAGACUCAGAUCAGUCUGCCCGUUCAGGAAGCGGCACUUUAUUGCUGAUUUUCAUCCAAGUCGCGUCUCGAGCGUUGACGUUUGCCGGAAAUCAGUUCUUGCUGCGCUUUCUCUCGCCGUCUUUGCUUGGAAUCGCGGUCCAGCUCGAGCUCGUUUCUGUCACCACCUUGUACUUUGCAAGGGAGAGUCUACGAGUGGCCCUACAACGACAAACACCGGAAACGAAAGAUCCUACGAAAGAGGAUUCUCCAAAUACAUCACGCCAGGAGAAAGACUCCCAGACCAUCGUCAAUCUGUCAUACCUCGCGGUCCUCCUUGGGCUUGUCGUCUCUUUCUUUUUCGGCCUCUCCUAUCUUCGAAGCGCGCCUGAGGAGGUCCUGGACAGCCCCUGCUUCGACAUAUCGUUCCGGAUAUACGCUUUUGCGACAUUGGUCGAGCAGCUAGCCGAGCCUGCGUUCGUGGUCAUCCAGCAGAAAGCCCUGUAUCGAGAACGAGCCCGGGCCGAGACAGUCGCCGCGAUUGCACGAUGCAUCGCCGCAUGUUCAACGGCAUUCGUUGGAAACAUGAGAGGCCUUGCCCCCUCGAUCCUCCCUUUUGCGGUCGGACAGGCCGCUUACGCUGUCAUCCUGCUUGCUCUCUAUCUGCUUCCAACCAUCCAGAUAUCUCAGAAAGAGAGGUUCAGUCUUACACCCCGGAAAGUGGCAGCCGCUUCUUCGCCUGAAGUAACAUACUACUACGCCAAUCUCUUCCAUGUCGGUCUUCUCUCGCUUGCGGCAACGAUGUACAUGCAAUCGAUCUUCAAGCUAUUGCUUACGCAAGGCGACGCGCUGAUCCUAUCGUUCUUGUCGACUCUCGCCGAUCAGGGCGCUUUCGCACUGGCCUCCAACUACGGCGGACUCCUGGCAAGGUUGGUCUUUCAGCCUGUUGAGGAGAGCAGCCGCAACACUUUCGGCCGACUGCUUUCGGCUCCCUCCAGCAGAACGACUUCCGCGGAGAAGAGUCCUAUGUCAAGAGAACAGCGUCAGGCGCUCAAAUAUCUGGCCAACACACUGCACUUGUAUAUGCUUAUGGCCUUGCCUCUGGUCAGUAUCGCGCCGUACGUUUUGCCCGUAGUCGUCCGCCAUGUCAUCGGCGCAGACUGGUAUACCGCGUCCACGUCGACACUCUUGUCCACUUACUGCUACUAUAUCCCGCUAAUGGCCGUGAAUGGGAUCCUCGAUGCAUUCGUCACCUCCGCAGCCACGACGUCGCAACUUCACGCACAGUCGUUGUGGAUGCUGUUGUUUACGGGGAUUUAUGGUGCUGCGGCGUGGACGAUGUUGACGACAUUGCAGCUUGGGGCAGCGGGCCUCGUUGGCGCAAACAUGUUCAACAUGGUCUUGAGGAUUGUUUGGAGCGGCUGUUUCAUCAGAGGCUGGAUACAGGACGAGGCGAAGGAUUCGGCUGCUGUGCAGAAGGAGACUCUGAAGGAAGCGCUUCCAGCAACCUCGUCACUCGCUGUUACUGCUUUAGUGGUUGCGGGUUUGAGGAUGAACCUGCUAACCGCCCAAAGCGAUGGGGAAGAGUUGAACCGUCAAUUCAUGGGAUUUCUGGUGGCAGGGACUGUACUCUUGGGCUCGACAAUGUAA